CGUUUCUUCGGCGUCUAAGGACAUCCCUCGCUAAGGGAGACAGAUCCUUUCUAUGUCCGUCGUCCGGUGCUCCACUUAUUGUUGUUUCGCACUUUCCUUUUCAUACGUCAGCACGAGCCCGAUCUCGCUUACAUCACUCACGAUCCUCGAUCGGAAGUACGGAGCGUCUCCAAAACGCAACAGGGGAUUCUGUCGAGGAACUCCGUCCGUUCGACUUCUCGGAAGUUGAGGUCUGCGUGCACUUUGAGCAGCUUGGGUGCAAAUUACGUCGUUCCAGUUUGGCAGCUGGUGGAGUGGCAUGGAAGAGUCCGAGCAAAGAUGACAGAAGGGCAAGCGAUCUUCGACAGAGCACGACACUCAGUCUCGCAUCGGUGGGUACUGUAACAGCAAGAGAAAGCACAGAAUCGCGUGGCGAUCUGACUGCUGAGGAAGACUCAUAUAAGCUUGCUGCCGAAAACCGACGCCAAAGUGACUACGAUCCGAAGAUUUUAGAUGAAAUACUGCAAAUCAUCGGAUUACCUCAUCUCAGUCUCGUCAAGGGUGUGUCGAAAACGUAUGCAUCGGCUCAGGCAAUCAAGGCUACUCUCAAUGAAACUUUUGCGAAUAAAUACCCGAAUAUUCAUAUAACCUACAGCAAACUCAGAAGCAUCAAGCGAGACAUCUUAUUAAUCGCAAAGGAAUGUGAUAUAGACGAAUACGCUGUGGCGCAUGCGUUCGUCUACUUCGAGAGGAUAAUUUUCAAGGGACUCAUUUCAAAGUACAAUAGGAAGUUGGUAGCUGGUGUGGCUUUACUGGUAGCAGUGAAGCUGAAUGACUACAAGAAACCUGAUAUUGUAAAGUGUGCCGAGGAAAAGUUACGGAUAUCACGACGUGAAAUGCUUUCAUUCGAAUUGCCUCUUUGCUCAGCUCUUCAAUUUGAUUUGUUUCCACCGGCUCAUCACUUAGAGCCCCAUCUUCGAAAGAUUAUAGUCAUGAGCAAUUUCGAGCAAUUCUAUCAGGAUAUCAAAGCCACGGAAAAAGAAGAUUCUACGCUCACAUCAUCACAGCAACUGGAUCGUUUACUUAGACCAGGUUCUACGUAUUUAAACUUGAAUCCUUUUGAGGUACUACAAAUCGAUCCAGAUGCCGACAUAGAGUUAGCGAAAAAGAAGUUCAAAAAAUUGUCUCUACUUAUUCACCCCGAUAAAAAUCCAGAUGAUCGGGAUAGGGCCGACCAGGCAUUCGAUAUAAUAAAGAAAGCUAUGAAGCAAAUUGAGAAUCCGCUGGAACUCAACCGUUGUAAGGACUGCUACACAGAGGCGCGCGCUCGUCUAGCUAUUGUGAUGUCAGAAAAGCGACGGAAGGUCAAAAAGGAGAAGGGCACCUCCGAGAUCGAAGAGGAUGAUCCGGCGGUAUAUAAGAAGCAGUUGUGGAUAACUGUUACAAAAGUUUUCGCCGAUCGUGAAAAGAAAAGGAAAAUGCUUGAGGAGCGAGCGAACGAAGAAAAACGACGUACGGCAGAGACGAUUCAGCAAGCAGCGGAGAAGAGGAAGUUGGCCGAAGAGUUCGCUAAGAAUUAUGAGGAAUCUCGUGAUGAGCGCUCAGGCAGUUGGCGUAAUUUCCAAGCGAAAAAAGCGAAACGUGAAGAGGGUGGUAAGACAAUGCGAGGAGCUGCAUUCCGUCCACCGAAACCAAAGUUACAGAAAUGA